GCCACCUGCCACAUUUACAACAAUAAUUCGUGUGUGUGUUGUGAUUGUACUAGAAGCAAUUUGCGGUUAGUCAGUUGUGUUCUCGAAAUUCAUCCCAACGGCCAUGUGGUGUUAUUAACAUUGCAAAUAUGAGAAGCAUUCCAUUGCGGGCUGCACUGGCCCUGCUCCUCCUCGUGCUGGGCAUGGCCACACAGCUGGAUGCCACCAUCGCAUCGUCGGCUAACACGGCCAACAUGGGUUGGCAGCACUCUUCGCUCUUAGGCCGCAAUUCACGCAAUUUGCUGCAUCGCAAUUCUGCAACUGCAGGUGGAGACCUGAUUGCUGACGUGGGCGGAGAAGGAGGCGGAGGCACAUUUGGUUUAAGGGCCAGCAGUGUGAACAACGCGGGCUAUAAUAAUGACUAUGCUGCCCAGCUAUUUGCACCUUAUGACGUCGAGCAACAGCAACAACAACAACAACAGUUGCCGCAACAACAGCCACAAGCAGCGCCAAUAUCAGCACAACUGCGUCACCAGCAGACCGAAGUGUACGGCAUUGUGGAGCCGCUGAUUGAGGACACUCCCUGUGCCAACCGUGCCUGUGUCCUCAACGAUGAUUGCUGCCCUACAGGCGUCUGUGUGAACACCUACGGCGAGGGCAAAUGCGUUUAUGUGUUUGGACAUCAGCGUGAUCUCUGCCAGAGUCACACGGACUGUGCGCCAGGCAGUGCCUGUAUGAUCGCUCCCCAAGAGGGUAUUUGGCGUUGUGCAACGGAUGCGCCUCUGCUGCCGGAGAUAUUAAGUGUGCAGCCGAAGCAGCCACUGGGCAGCGAUUGCAGCAGCAGCAGCGACUGCCAAGUGAUCAACGGCAUGUGUUGCCAGCAGCAGCGUUUGCAUCAUCGUGGCGCCACUAAGUUGAGCUGUGGCUAUUUUCGCGAUCCCUUCGACUGCGUCAAUGUGGCUCAAGAGCAUGUGGCCAACAUUUUCCAUCAUCGACACAACUGAGGGAAAUACAUGUAAACGUCAACUGAAGACAACUUUAGGCAACGGCACCGAUUGAUAGAAUGAUAAUAUUUUAAAAACAUAUCAAAUGUCUAAAUAAAAUACAUAUCACUCUUGAUGUUUAUAUAAUUAUUUAAGUGCUUUAACCUACAUAUAAAAUAAUCGAAAAAAUUGAUACAAGUUUUCAGUAGAACUAUGUAAUUAUUUAUCCAAAAAUAUCAAAAGAGAAAAAAAAAAAAACAAAUAAAUACUGACUGAGGCAUUCAAUGUUAUUACAGCAAGUAUUACAAUAUCAACUCUUAUUCAAAUUAGCUCGUUCCAAGUCUAAAUGUAAAAGAAUAAUAAUAUAUAAAAAUAAGUAUAAUUAUCAAAGUCCAUAACCAUUAUGUGAACUGUACGUUUCUUUAGCAGCACAUUGUAUUCCUAUCGGAUCAAGUCAAGUCAAAGCAACAUUGCAAAACAAAAAAAUAAGUAUUUCCAAGAUAUAUAAAUUUACAAUUAACUCUAUGUGAAUGUAUUUUCUAAUUUUUAAUAUAAACAUACCAAUCAUAAAAUGUUAAUGAAGAAACAAUGUAAGCAAAACAAAUAAACAAACAAAUUGUAAGGCACGCGUAAAGUGCAAAGGGCGCAAGCCCUGUAAAACCAAAAAA